AUUGACAUAUGUUUAUAGUUUACUGUCUUUUGUUGUUUCUCCGUCAGGAUUUUUGUAAACAUUAGAUGAUAAUAUUUCUGAUUGCAUUUUUAAUCCAGAAAUAUAUAGAAUAAAAAAAAUACUAACAACAUAAUGUUUUUUAUUCUGACUGGCGAUUCCGGCGUUGGGAAGACAACCCUAAUUAAAAAAAUUGUUUCUAUACUCAAUAAAAAAGGAAUAAAAACCAAAGGAUUUUAUACUGAAGAAGUUAGGAACAACGGGGUUCGGGAGGGUUUUGAUAUUGUUACUUUGAAUGGAGUGAGAGGAAAGUUAGCAAGAGAUCAGAACUUUUUAACUAUAAAAAGUAAAUACACGGUUGGUAAAUAUGGAGUCCUUGUGAAGGAAUUUGAAGAUAUAUCUUUAGCGUCUUUAGAAAAGCUAAACUGUUCUGAACGUGAUGUAAUGGUGAUAGAUGAGAUUGGAAAAAUGGAAUUUUUUAGUACAAGUUUUAAAUUUCGAAUUAAAGACAUCUUUAGUUCAGAAUGUGAAAAUAUUGUGCUAGCAACAAUACCUUCUAGAAAGAGUGAUCCCAUUAUAGAAUCCAUAAGAAAUGAUAAAAGAUCCUAUGUGUGGAUGGUAACAAGAGAGAAUAGGAACAUAUUACAUGAUGAGAUAGUAAAUAAAAUAUCAUCAAUAAUAUAAUAUUGGCAUUUUAUUUUUCAUUAU